ACUUAUUAGGGUAACGUGUGCAUGUUUGGUGCGCAUUUAUUGGAGAAUAAACUUGUCGUUCACUUCUGUUUUGUUUCGGCUUGGACAUGGACAGCGAAAACGACGAAGAAGAAGUCGUUCCCUACAAGACAAAGUACCGUCAGUUGAAGAGUAGACUGAAAUACCUCAUAUACGAGCACGAGUGCUUCGAAAACGACAUUCAGAAGGCUCAGAUGAAGCUUCUGGAGCUCUCCAGCGACAAAAAUUUUCUGCUGGACCAGCUGAUGCGCUACGAGGCCGUCGUUCUGUCGGGAGGCGAGGAGACGGACUAUUCCAGUGGAGAAGAGACACCUAGCCACCCUCCUCCUCUUCCUCCUCCUCCUGAGAAAACAGAGAUCGGAGUCAAAAGUGAAGCAGUGGAUCAGUCGGCAUCUCUCUCUUCAUCCUCCUCUGCCUGUGCGGCUGCCUCAACAACCAAAUCAGCAGCGGCAACUGUAGGAGGAGGAGGAGGAGGAGGAGGAGUGGUUAGAAACACCGCCACCGUCAUACACAACACUACCUCCGACUCCACCACCACCACCUCAGCCACAAAGACCGCGUCAACACUGACGGUAAAGUCUGGAGGAGUGCAGAAAGCGACAAAAGCUGCCUCCACCAAAGUCUCUGCCAUGGCUGCAGCAAAGAUCACGAAAGCGGUUGCUAGAGCUCGUCAAGGCCCACAGCAACACUCUCCGACCACCAUCAUUGUCAGCACAAGCCCUCUCAUUGUGUCUCUCCCUAUCGGGACUGCAUCCGGAGGAGGUGGGUGGGGAAAACUGCUGCAACAAGCCACGCCUCUAGCCACACCCCUCAUUAAGCACACCCCGCAGAUAAUGUCUCUCUCGUCUGGAGUGUCGGCACAGUCAACAACAGCUGCAAUCCUAGCGUCGAUCCCUGCUCCUGCCAAACCUCCACGUCCAAAGCCACUACUUGUGCCUUCUACGGCAACUCGACCCUCUGGAAAAGGGACCCCACCGGUGGGUGUGGUAAAAUGGGCGGGGUCCCAUCACCAGGGGGCCAGCUCUAGCUCUAGUUCGACGAGCAGUAGUGACUCUGAGGACUCUGCGAGUGAGUCGUCGACCUCAGGGUCAAGUCGAGACGACGAAGAUGAGGAAGGAUCAGCCAUGGACACUGGAGGCCCUGUCCCCAUUGUCCACAGUGUCCCAGUACCAGCUGGAGCACCGCAGCUCCUCCGACCCAAGGCCAUCCUAUCCCCAGUCAAGGCACCUCCACCGAAACUGAUCUCCAUGAGUGAGCACCCCACGGGCGGAGUCGGUGGUGGCCCCACCUCCUCACCGUUAUCUUCCACGCCCCCAGUGGGCGGGGCCAGGAGGUUUCUCUGGUCCAGUCGAGCUGGCGAGGCCAUGCCCAGUUUGGGAUUUGUGUCGAUUGCACCACUUGCAUCACCCACUUCCCUCUCCAAACCCUAUUCGGGGAGUGCUUUCCAAUUAGUCGCCAGCCCCCCGGGGUCUGCCCCCCUUGCCCGACCACCGAGUCUCCAAGACUUGAGUGGGGUGGAGCCAGGGAACCCACGCCCACCUCCAUAA